AUGGAGACGAUAACAAUACCUUCUCCAUCGGCAUUUCUUUCCUCCCCUGUUCUCAAGCCAGCACCAGAACCACCUCCACCACCUAAAAAACGAAAGCAAUCGACUUCCAAGCCAUCCGCUGCUCAAUCCUCAAAGAAAGAACAUAGUAUCAACAAACCUAAGCAAUCAAAAAGUCGGAAUGGUUCAAUAGCACUGGAAAAAGCACCAGAUAACCCUACAGCUGCAAGUCCAGUAGCUUCUGAUGGAACGGCUUCUACCCCCGGCGGAGAAGAUACGCAGAUGCAAGACUCGUUUUUCAAUGCCGCAGUGCCUUCCCCGUCUACUUUUGAUGUCUCGACUUCGCUUCCGGAGCUUCAUUCGGGAUUCUCUCCUAUGUUUGAUAUGAGCACGCCUAAUUUUAGUCAGGAUGAUUCUCAACGCUCUCGGAUUGAGCCGGAUUCGGUCACAAGCAGUCUAAGUAGCAUGUUUGAAGACACCGGUCUAGUCACACCAACAAGAUCAAAUUUCUCUGGUCAGUCACCAAGAUUAGCAGAUCUAUUACAGUCUGGAUCGGAUCUGAAUACAAGGCCGUCAUCUAUGUCCAUGGCUUCGUCCAUUCCUAUGACAUCAGCAAUGAUGGGUAUGCCCAUGUCAAGCCCUAACAUGACUCAAUUUCAAAUGACGAAUGAUCCAUCGCUGGAAGGUGAUAUUGAGGAAAUCAUUCGAGAGCCUUCCUUAUCUGAUGCUGAUAUGUGGUUGACCAUGAGUCCCUUUCAACCUCAAUCAAGAUCUCCCAGUGUAUCUCCUAGGAGUUUUAGUCCAAUGUAUCGACAGCCGGAUGUGCCGGCCGGUAGCCCAGAGAUGCUAAUGCUUAGAUUUGAUAAGCAGACAUGUGGCAUUUUAUCUGUCAAAGAUGGUCCUACAGAGAAUCCAUGGAGAACAUUAGUUUGGCCUCUUGCACGCGAUUCCCCCGCAUUGUAUCAUGCUAUCGCAUCCAUGACCGCCUUUCAUACAUCCAAAGAGAAGCCCGCCCUUCGCGUCGACGGCAUGGAACAUAUGCGUCGCAGCAUCCGAUCUCUCGCUACAGGAAUUGAAAAAAUGCGCACCGAUACUGCACUCGCCACAACACUCGUCCUUGCAUUUGCUGAGUCUUGGGAUCAGCAUAUUUCAACUGGGAUUGAACAUCUCAGGGGUGCAAAAAUCUUGGUUAAUCAAGCACUCAUAAAACACAAUAAAAGGAGUCUUGUGGGUGAUGAUCUCGCCAGAUUAAAAUUUCUUUGCAACACUUGGGUUUACAUGGAUGUUAUUGCUAGGUUGACAUCGAUUGAUGAUGAAGAUUCUACAGAUUUUGAGAACAUUCUUUCGCCGCUUAAUAAUCUCUCUGCCAAUUCCUUUUCUUCUGCUUCUUCUUCUUCCGCCAACGUCACUCCAAUGUCAGAAAUCGACCCCCUAAUGGGUAGCGCGGCAACACUAUUUCCUCUGAUUGGUCGUGCUGCAAAUCUGUGUCGCAAACAAGAAAUCGAGCAAUGGCAACCUUCAACCGCAUUCUCGACUCCUGAAGAUCCAACUUCCGAAAUUCAACACGCUCUUCAAACUGCCGAAGCCUAUCGUUACGCUACUCUUCUUCAUUUACAUCAAGCCGUCCCUGAAAUCCCAUCUUUAACAUGUGCAGAACUUGCGAAGAAAGUCCUAGUUUUCCUGGCUACGGUACCGCUUAGCAGCCGCCUCGUUAUCGUUCAAAUAUAUCCACUCUUGGCAGCAGGCUGUGAAGCAAAGGAUGCCGAAGAUAGAGCCUGGGUUAAUGAAAGAUGGGCAAGUAUGGGAAGAAGAAUGUGGAUUGGGAAUAUCGAUCGCUGUUGGGAAGUCAUGCAGGAAGUGUGGAGAAGAAGAGACGAAGUUGCUAGGAAAAAAGAACAGGAAUUGAUGAGGAAGAAUGGCGGUAGAAUGGGAAUGUCGGGGAUGCAUGGCGGGCCCAGCGAUAAUAUGAGAAGGUUCGAGGAAGGAAUGGAGAAUGGAAUUGGAAAUGAAGAGAUUUCAUUUUCGGAUCUGUUGAAUCUCAAUGAAAUGGGGAUUAGAGGGCAGGGUAGGAGAGCUUCACCGGUGGGAAACAGACAAAGACAUAGCAUUUCGGGGCCGUCUCAGGGAUCAUUUGGGGAACUCAUGGCUCAAAGACAAGCCGCGGGUCUUAUUACGGAGGAGAUGGACCAGGAGUUGACAGUUAGAGGAAAAUUGCACUGGGUGGGUGUCAUGAAGGAUUGGGAAUGGGAGAUCCUACUUGGCUAA